UUUGAUUUAAAGAAAUGUUUGUAAAAGUUUUUUUUUGUUGGAAUGGACCAUCUGCUGCUUAUCAGCUGUGUCACUCUGGCACAUCUUUUAACCUAUCCAAACUUUAGGUUCCUCUUUGCAAAAUAUGCUAAAAAUACCCACCUCUCACAUAUAUUAAGUUCAAUAGCAUUUUAAGAAAUAUUUAUUGGUAGACUUGUGGCUAAUUGAACCCUUUUUUCUGCUCUAUAGGAUACGUGCAGAGUCUGAUUAGACGGGUGGUAAAUAAUGUAAACAUUGUUAUAAAUAAUCUCAUAUUAAAGUAUGUUGAAGAUGAUAUUGUUCUUUCAGUCAACAUUACAUCUGCAGAAUGCUAUACAGUGGGUGAAUUAUGGGAUCGUGCGUUCAUGGAUAUUUCUGCAACUGAUCUUGUGUUAAGAAAGGUUAUCAAUUUUUCUGACUGUACAGUUUGUCUUGAUAAACGAAAUGCCAGUGGUAAAAUAGAAUUUUACCAGGAUCCUUUAUUAUACAAAUGUUCCUUUAGAACCCGCCUGCAUUUUACAUAUGAUAACCUGAAUUCCAAGAUGCCAUCCAUUAUUAAAAUUCAUACCUUAGUGGAGAGUUUGAAACUUUCUAUCACAGAUCAACAACUACCUAUGUUUAUCCGUAUAAUGCAGCUUGGGAUUGCUCUUUACUAUGGUGAAAUAGGCAGUUUUAAAGAUGGUGAAAUAGAAGACCCUAUUUGUCACAGUAAAGAUAUGUUAGGAAACAUUGCAGGUGCUGAAGAUGAAGCAAGAAUAGAUAUGCAAUAUGCUGCUCAGUACAAAGGCCAAGACUCAUAUUUACAACAGGUUGAUGAGCAGCCACAGGGAUGGGUAUCCUGGGCCUGGUCAUUUGUGCCUGCAAUUGUGAGUUAUGAUGAUAGUGAGGAAGACUACCUUGGGAGUGAUUCUGCAUCAACCAUGCAUCAGCAAAAAGCACAGACUUUGAAGGAUCCUAUUGUUUCUGUGGGAUUUUACUGUACAAAGGCCACUGUGACUUUCAAAAUUACCGAAAUGCAAGCCGAGAGUAGCUAUUAUAGCCCACAGAAAGUAAAAUCUAAAGAAGUAUUGUGUUGGGAACAAGAAGGAACUACAAUUGAGGCCCUUAUGAUGGGAGAGCCUUUCUUUGACUGCCAGAUUGGGUUUGUAGGUUGUAGAGCCAUGUGUCUUAAAGCAAUUAUGGGUGUUAAAGAUUUUGAAGAGAAUAUGUCUAGAAGUGAAAGUGAAGCCUGCUUCUUUAUUUGUGGUGAUAAUUUGAGUGCGAAAGGUUUGACAUACCUUACGAAUUCAUUGUUUGAUUAUCGAAGCCCAGAAAAUAAUGGUACUCGUGCAGACUUUAUUUUGGAUGAAGCUCAUCAUAAGGAGACAUACACUGAGAUAGCUGGAAUGCAAAGGUUUGGAGCUUUUUACAUGGAUUACCUGUAUACAGUGGAGAACACCAGUGGCAAAGGUUCUGCAAAUCAACAAGACUUAUCUUCAGGGAAAAAUGAAGAUUUGGGAACAGUCCAAGAGAAGUCAACCAAAAGCCUUGUUAUAGGUCCUCUUGAUUUUCGCUUGAAUAGCAGUGCAGUUCAUAGGAUUUUGAAAAUGAUUGUUUGUGCUUUCGAACAUGAAUAUGAACCAUAUAGCAGGCUAAAACCAGAAAUUAAGGAUGAAAAUGCAGUAGUACUGAAACCUGAAGAAGUAACUUCUCUGGAGGAAUAUAUUCCUACUCGACAUACAAGUGUUACUCUCCUCAAAUGUACCUGCACAAUUUUUAUGGCUGAAUUUAAUUUACUAGACCGUUUGCUUCCUGUCAUUUUGGGAGAAAAGAACUCAAGUAGCUUCAUGAACAUUUCAAACUUCCAGUCUCUUCGGCCUUUGCCAUCCAUUCAGAUAUUGGUGGAUAAAAUUAAUCUGGAACAUUCAGUCCCCAUGUACGCUGAGCAGUUGGUGCAUGUGGUCAGCAGCCUCACUCAGCCUUCUGAUAACUUGCUUCAUUAUUGCUAUGUACACUGCUACCUUAAGAUAUUUGGCUGCCAGGCGGGACUGACAUCUUUGGAUUGUAGCGGGUCUUACUGCUUAUCUGUCCCGAUUAUACCCUCUUUCAGCACUGCUCUUUACGGGAAACUUCUGAAACUCCCCACUUGCUGGACCAAAAGAUCUCACAUUGUUACAACUGAAGGUAUAUUUGAACUUCCAAAUCUCACAAUUCAAGCUACAAGAGCACAGACACUUCUAUUACAAGCAAUAUAUCAAAGUUGGUCUCACAUUGGAAAUGUCAGCUCUUUAACAGUGAAUGAAGGUUUGAUGAAUGAAGUCUUCCAAACUAUAGUUGGAACUGAGCACCUACUUUGUAGACCAGGGAUUAUAGAAGUACUGUAG